ACUACUUAAAUGACAGAAAUGUUGCUGUCAAUUUGACGUUACCGUGUUUUCCUAAACUUUUCAGUUGAAAUGCAUUAAGAAAACUUCCAUUCAAAUAAAGAACUCAAAUUUCAAAAUGAUCAAGGCUAUAUUAGUGUUCAAUAACCAUGGGAAACCUAGACUAUCCAAGUUUUAUCAGUACUUUAGCGAAGACAUGCAACAGCAGAUAAUUAAAGAGACUUUUCAACUAGUAUCUAAAAGGGAUGAUAAUGUGUGCAAUUUUUUAGAAGGGGGAAGUUUAAUUGGAGGUAGCGAUUAUAAACUAAUAUAUAGACACUACGCAACACUUUACUUCGUAUUUUGCGUAGACUCGUCUGAAAGCGAGUUGGGCAUUUUAGAUCUUAUACAAGUUUUCGUAGAAACACUCGAUAAAUGUUUUGAGAACGUCUGCGAAUUAGAUCUUAUUUUUCACGUCGAUAAAGUCCAUUAUAUCCUAAAUGAGCUGGUCAUGGGUGGGAUGGUUUUAGAAACUAAUAUGACCGAGAUCUUAACGCGGAUAGAAGAUCAAAAUAAAUUAGAAAAACAAGAGGCGGGGAUUAUUGCUGCUCCGGCGCGAGCUGUUUCUGCUGUGAAAAAUAUGAAUAUCCCUCAGCAAAUAAAAGAUAUGAAGCUGCCUGAUCUUCCGCAGGCGAUUAAGGAUCUCAAGUUCUGACCUACAAUUCCGAGCCAAUUUGAAAAUGUUGAUGUGCGAACUGAAUGCCUACCUGGACACUGUCAAUCACUUUUGUAUGAACCAUCGUCUGCAAAGUACACGUAACGUAAGGUUAUUUUUUAUGAUGAAUUUGUAUACUCUCUAUAUUUUUGUUUGUUUCUGUGUACUAACUGAAUUUAAUUGUAAUAGUGAUAUUUAAUAAGAUUAAAAAUGUAUGGUUUUGAAAGUUCCACACGAUUCAAUAUGUUUAUUUUUUAUGGGGAUUGGAAUGAAAAUUCAAUGGAAAUAAUAAAAAAUAUUCAUAAUCAU